AUGGGCCCCACUCCCGCCUCAAGCACGCCUUGGGCACUUUUCUGGCGUUUCUCCGGCCUCCGAAACGGCUCCAGCUGCUCCCUCAUUUUACAAACAAGAAAAAAGUUUCUCACUGAACCUACGGAUGCCCAGGAGGUGGCCUCUGUGGUGAGCGCCAGAGAGAUCCAAGCUGUGGCUGAGCUGCUUCAGGUCUCCCCUGAGGGCCUGCAGAGGGCCAUUACCUUCAAAGUGACUGAGACAAUUCGAGAGAAGAUCUUCACACCCCUAACUGUGGAGAGUGCCAUAGAUGCCAGGGAUGCCAUCGCCAAGGUCUUGUAUGCACUGCUGUUUGGCUGGCUCAUCACCAGGGUCAACGCUCUGGUGUCUCCAAAACAUGAUACGUUGUCCAUUGCCAUCCUGGACAUCUAUGGCUUUGAGGACCUGAGCUUCAACAGCUUUGAACAACUCUGCAUCAACUAUGCCAAUGAGAACCUUCAGUACCUGUUCAACAAGAUUGUCUUCCAGGAGGAACAGGAGGAGUACAUUCGAGAGCAGAUGGACUGGCGAGAGAUCGCCUUUGCUGACAACCAGCCCUGCAUCAACCUCAUCUCCCUGAAGCCCUAUGGCAUCCUGCGCAUCCUGGAUGACCAGUGCUGCUUUCCACAGGCCACAGACCACACAUUCCUGCAGAAAUGCCACUACCACCACGGCGCCAACCCACUCUACUCUAAGCCCAAGAUGCCACUGCCAGAGUUUACCAUCAAGCACUAUGCAGGCAAGGUCACCUACCAGGUGCACAAGUUCCUGGACAAAAACCAUGACCAAGUGCGUCAAGACGUGCUGGACUUGUUUGUGCACAGCCGCACGAGGGUGGUGGCUCACCUCUUCUCCAGCCAUGCUGCACAGACUGCCCCUCCACGACUGGGCAAGAGCAGCUCCAUUACCCGACUCUACAAGGCUCACACUGUGGCAGCCAAGUUUCAGCAGUCACUCCUGGAUCUGGUGGAAAAAAUGGAGAGGUGUAACCCUUUGUUUGUGCGUUGCCUGAAACCCAACCAUAAGAAGGAACCAGGUCUCUUUGAGCCAGAUGUGAUGAUGGCGCAGUUACGCUAUUCAGGGGUUCUGGAGACUGUGCGGAUCCGCAAGGAAGGCUUUCCAGUGCGACUUCCUUUCCAGGUGUUUAUCGACAGGUACCGCUGUCUGGUGGCCCUCAAGCUCAGUGUGCCAGCAGAUGGGGACACGUGUGUGUCAUUGCUCAGCCGGCUAUGCACAGUCACUCCAGACAUGUACCGUGUUGGGGUUAGCAAGCUCUUCCUCAAGGAACACCUGCACCAGCUACUGGAGAGCAUGCGGGAGCGAGUCCAGAACCGGGCUGCCCUCACCCUGCAGCGCUACCUGCGAGGCUUCUUCAUCCAACGGCACUUCCGCUCCCUGCGCCGGAAGAUCAUCCUGUUGCAGAGCAGGGCCCGGGGCUUCCUGGCCAGACAACGCUACCAGCAGAUGAGGCAGAGUCUGGUGAAGUUCCGUUCCCUGGUGCACACCCACGUGAACCGCCGCCGCUACAUCAAGGAGCUCAGCAAGCGUGAGGUGGUGCCAGUGAGGCACCUGGAGGUGCCAGCGGAGGUGGCAGGGCUCCUGCAAGCAGCAGCAGCCGCAGGCCUCAAGCUGUCCAGUGUGCCCCGAAUAGCCAUUGUCCGGACUCCUAGGCUCCAGACAGAGCCCUGUGUCACCCUUCCCCUUGACAUCAACAACUACCCCAUGGCCAAGUUCAUCCGAUGCCACUUCAAGGAACCCUCCUUUGGGAUGCUGACAGUGCCCCUGAAGAUGCCUCUCACACGGCUACCUGUGGAGCACCAUGCCGAAGCCAUAAGUGUUUUUAAGCUAAUCCUGCGUUUCAUGGGAGACCCCCACCUGCAUGGCACCCAGGAGAUGAUCUUGGGGAACUACAUCGUGCACCGGGGCCUGGUGGAGCCAGAACUGAGGGAUGAGAUCCUAGCCCAGCUGGCCAAUCAGGUGUGGCGCAACCACAAUGUCUACAAUGCCAACCGUGGCUGGUUGCUGCUGGCUGCCUGCCUAAGCGGCUUCGCACCUUCCUCACACCUUGACAAGUUCCUCCUCAAGAUGGGGGCAGCCACAGGCUUGCUAGGGAUCUCCGGGGUCUUUGCCACGGAGCCUGGGGCCAACGACUGUGGAGUGGGGCGUAAGAGAACGGGCUUGGCUGGGGGUCCAGUGCCUACAGUCUUCGGCCGUGCCUCAGGAGCUAGUGGUCUCUGUGGACAGCAGGCGAUGGCUGUCGGCUUCUCCAGGUCCUGGGGCAGCAGUGGCCGCCUCACUGCUGUGAUCCCCAGGAUCCAAGGCAACAGGCACCUGACACCAGCCCAAGCUCCCAACCCACCCCCUCCACAAGGAAUGAACUACAUCUCUCUACAUCCCUACCGCAUCCCCACAGGCCAGCACUGGGUCGAAGAGGCUGUCCAGAGCUGGCAUCUGGCUGAGGAAUGGCUGCCUUCUGCAUGCCGGCCUGGAGAGGUUCCUCACAACCUGGUGCUCAUUGCUAUCCUGGUGGGUGGAUCCUGCUACACCCCUGAGGUUGGUGCAGUACACGAUCUGCAGGUACACUUUUCUCAGCCCUGCCUUUUUCUCCCUGUAGGCCAGCACGUGUGUCCACUGAGCUGCCGGGCCUACAUCCUGGACGUGGCUUCAGAAAUGGAACAGGUAGAGGGUGGCUACACACUCUGGUUCCGGCGGGUGCUUUGGGAUCAGCCACUGAAGUUUGAGAAUGAGCUAUAUGUGACCAUGCACUACAAUCAGGUCCUGCCAGACUACCUGAAGGGCCUCUUCAGCAGUGUACCAGCCAGCCAGCCCGGCGAGCAACAACUGCAGCAGGUGUCCAAGCUGGCUUCCCUGCAGCACCGUGCCAAGGACCACUUCUACCUGCCCAGCAUGCGUGAAGUUCAAGAGUACAUCCCAGCCCAGCUCUACCACACCACAGCCAGUGACACCUGGCUCAACCUGGUUAGCCAACACCGGCAGCAGACUCAGGCACUCAGCCCCCACCAGGCCCGCGCUCAGUUCCUGGGCCUCCUCAGCGCUUUCCCCUUGUUCGGCUCCUCCUUCUUCUUCAUCCAGAGCUGCAGCAACAUCACCGUACCAGCCCCCUGUAUCCUCGCCGUCAACCAUAAUGGCCUCAACUUCCUCAGCACUAAGACCCAUGAGCUAAUUGUGAAGAUUCCCCUAAAGGAGAUCCAGUCCACAUGGACUCAACAGCCCACGGCCAAUUCCAGCUACCCUUAUGUGGAGAUCUCACUGGGGGAUGUGGCAGCCCAGCGUACUAUGCAGCUCCAGCUGGAGCAGGGUCUGGAGCUGUGUCGUGUGGUGGCUGUGCAUGUGGAAAGAAUGCUCAGUGCCCGGGAGGAGCGGCUUACACUGCCCCCAAGCGAGAUCACCCUGCUCUGACGUGGCCUAUCUUCUCUAUGCUUCCUGUCAGAAGAUUGCUCUGUGGCCUGAGGGUAGUUGCUGGGUCUCUCAGGACCAGGUGAUCCCAGACAAGGGCCAGAACCUACAAGGGGACUGAAGACAGAAGGAAAAUCUCAAGAACCCAAGAGGACCUGUGUGGAGCUGGGAUCGAAUCAUGGAUGCAGCCAAGCGUUAGUUAGUAGAAGUAACUUUUAAAGGCUGGCCUGUCUACAGUGAGGAAUAAUGCAGAACCACAGGGUCUCCAGAAGGUGACAGGCCCUGCCUUGACUACUGCCCUUGACAGGGAAGCCCCACACCAGUAGUCCAGAUGUAUUGGGGCCUGCCUUUGGUUUCUUUAAGGCUUGAUACUCAGAUCUGCUCCAGAUUCAUCCCCAGCCUUCCAUGUGUCCUUGUCAAGUGCCCGCAGCCUGGAUCUGUGACCCUUGGUCAUGUCUUUACAAAUAAGAGGUAUUCCUGGCAGCCAUGUUCUCCAUGGACCUACUCAGUGGCUGGAAAGCAAGUCUGAGAGAGGAGGGAGAGGUGCAGAUGUACCAGACUCACUGCAGUGAACAGCAUUUCCAGCAGACACAUCUGCCCUUCCGCCUCUCUAAGGACCCUUGACCUCCACCCUACAAUCUUUUGCUAGCCCCAAUCCCAGCUUCCAUCACAGGAUGGACCACCCAAAGCACAAGAGUGGGCAGUAAAGAAGUUUCAUCACAGGACUGGAGAGACGACUCAGCAGUUAAGAGCACUGGCUGUUCUUCCAGAGGACCCGGGU